AUGAAAGUUUCCUGUAGGGCACACACCAGCACUGAUCUUUGAUACAUGUUUCUUUCCUCUCCUACUAUAUGUUAAUUUGUCUAUGAGCCUUCUGUGGCAUUAGAUGAAGUAAUCCUCCUAUAUAUGUAUUGAUCAGGAAUUAAGACAGUCCCUUGUGAAAGUCAGUAUGAGUGCCAGCCAAAGUAAAACAAGCAGGCAAGAUAAAAAGGAAUCAUUCUUGAAAAGUUGGCUUCCAGGGAGACCCAGUAUCAAUUAAAUAGCUAAAUCAAAUGCUGAAGUAGUUUAACGGAGGGGACAUAUUAAAUAAUAAAGAAUACAUUUGAGGGUGAGCAAAAUGCCCUUAUGCCACUGAGUAUAGACCAAAUCCCAAAUUAUUGGGUUUUUAUGCUAUGUUGAGCCCUGGCAUUUCUCUUUAUAGAGAUAUCCAGGUUCAUCGUCUUAAAUGUCUGCUGUGUGAGAAAUUUCUUAAAGUUAGUGUGGUGAUUAAACUUCUUGAUUAUGCAUGUAGGGAGGUAAAAAUGCAACAAUAUUAUGGCUAUACAGGCUCAAAUCGGAUAUUGUGUUUCCAAUCUCCAAACAGUGACCUAGAGAUUGGGAAUGUGUUGCAGGCUGUCAUGGUCCCUGCUUCCCUAUUAUGCAUAGAUUCUCCUCUAUUUUCCACAAUUUGUGGUAUUCAUUAUACUGUAUUCAGAUUCAGCAAACUAAGAUUAGCACUCACAGGGCAUCUCCUCCAAAACAUAUUUUGAAGCAGGUUGUCACACAGUGUUUGGAGGCACAUCUGGUAGUGCUAACCUGUAUUUUGUUAGAUUCUGAUAUUGUUUUAAACCAGGCACCCCCAAACUGCAGCCUUCCAGAUGUUUUGGCCUACAGCUUCCAUGAUCCAUAGCUAACAGGACCAGUGGUCAGGGAUGAUGGGAAUUGCGAGUCCAAAACAUCUGGGGGGCUGAAGUCUGAGGAUGCCUGUUUUAAACCAUAGUUAUCACAAGAAAGGAGGUGAGGAAUUUGGAGUUGAAGAAAUGUGAGCCUGUAGCAUAUUCCCUAUCUUCAAAUUAAUGACCUGAAACAUGAUGGUUGAUUAACCAGGGAGUCUUGAAUCACACAAGCAAUUUAUGAUGCAAUUUGAACCAUGUCUACUCAGAAAUAAGUUCUGUGGAAUUCAAAGGGACUUACAGGUUAUGAUGUGGAACUUGCAGAAAGCUCGCCCUCUGUGGAUUGUGGACUUGCAAGAGGAGGAAGUCAAUGAACAUUCAACUGGUCAGCUUUUUAACCCUCCAUUGGCCCAUUCCUUGUCUGUUUCUGCUUGUGGCAAUGUUUUUGGCUGUGGAGCUGAAGAUGGUAAAAUCAGAAUCUUUAGGGUAACAGGUACCAAGUUUGAGCAGGAGGCAGCAUUUAAGGGCCACUCCUUAGCAGUGUCACAGGUUUUCUUUCUACCAGAAGCCUACCGGUUCAUUACAGGAGGAAAUGAUGGCAGUGUGUUGUUGUGGGACGUCAGCAAUGAACUAGGAAAACAGAAGAGUCCAGUCAAAUCCAUCCACAGAAGGAGAACUAGGAUGCCCAACACCACCAAGAAACUUGACAAAAUAAAUGCAGAGUGUUCAAAUGAGCAUGUACCAAUUUUACCAAAACUGACGAUUGAACAUGGAGAGAAGGUGAACUGGAUUUCAUAUGCAGAGAUUAAAGGCUCUAGAAGAAUACUGGUUGCUGAUCAGAGUACCAGUAUAUCAGUCUAUCCUAUUGCUGAACCUUAGACAUGCCUUGGCCUAACCGUUUGUCUGAUACACCACCCUUAUUACCCCCAAUGUGUUUUAAACCAACUGCAGCUCUUCUGUAUAUUGUUAAAAAUAUUUAUUUUAGCAGUGGAUAAAGUUUAUUCAUUGUAUCAGUAAUGGGAUAUCUUAUGAUAAACCAGGUAUUAACUUGCUGAUGAGUCUGAAAUAAAAUUCAGUUGUGAAUGUGUGUGUGUGAAUAACUUUUUGACAGGAGAAAAAAAAAUUAAAAAUGCAUAUUGGCACAUGCUCUAGUAAGUUCCAAUGCCAUCAGAAGACUUUCAAAAUAACUUGUGCUUAUGAUUUAACUUUGAUCUUCCAGAUCCCUUCAUGCACAUUUAAGUCAGCUGAACUACAUCUACCCAGUAUUUGGAUUUGAGCUUUAAUGUAUAAUUUAUGCAUGAGUAUGCCUGAAUUUGUCCAUUGUGGAUCAAAAAAAAACCUGACUCCUGAAGUCUUAAAUUAUGGAGCACAAUCUAGGUUUCUUCUAUGAAGAAAUCAAACAUGAGUCCCUAAUUUUUUUAACCUAUUGUUACAUACUGUUGUUAUCAUAAAAUGUUAUCAGUAUGCCCAGGUUUAGAUACUUCUGCCUUGUUUAUUUACAUUAAUAUUAUUUUGCUGUUAUUAAAUCACAACUCCUUAUAAUUUACUUUUACUACACAAACUGAAAAUGUAAGUUUUAAAAGAAGAAAACCAAUAUGCUAAAUUUUCUGCCAAUAAAAGCAACUUUCCUUUUAUCAGGGCAGUUUUUCUUUCAUAGCAUAGUGAUUCUUGGCUCAUUCUCAUACUUUUGUUUGUAUGAACAGAAGGUGUGAUAGAUACUGAGAACUGUAUGGUACAAGGGAUAGUAGCAGCAUACUCUAAAAUCCUGGGUUUCUUCUUGAUAUUUUCAUAUUUAUGGAGAAUAAAGCUUUAACUGAUAAAGCUUUUCUGAGAUUUAAGCUGUGUAUACAAAUGGUGAUUUAAACCUUUUAAAAGAGCC